CAUGAGCAUGACGCUCAGAGAAUGUGAGACGGCAUGCAAAGCGAACUGCACUUGUACAGGUUACGCCAAUUUAGAUAUCAGAAACGGUGGAAGUGGAUGUUUGCUAUGGCUUGAUGAGCUUCUCGACACUAGAGAGUAUGAUGCAGAUCAAGAUGUUUACAUAAGAGUGGCAGCCUCUGAGUUAAAAGGUCUGGUGGAUUCUCUGUUCGAUCUCAACAAAAAGAAAAGAAUACGUAUACUGGAACUUUUAAUUUUAACUUCAUUAGCUGUGACACUACUCUUUGGAGCGGCUUAUGCCUGUCGAAAGCUAAAGAAACGACCUCACAAGAAAAGACGAGGAAAGUGGUAUGGGCAGGAUGAAAAGGAUACAAGUCUGCAAAUGGAACAACUUGAUGAUUUACAAUGUCUUAGCUUAUAUGACAUAGCAAGGGCAACAGAUAACUUCAGUGACUCCAAUAAGAUUGGGGAAGGCGGGUUUGGUCCCGUUUACAAGGGUGUGUUGGAAGAUGGAAGAGAAAUAGCUGUGAAGCGGCUCUCAGAAACGUCCCAACAAGGGCUUGAUGAGUUCAAGAAUGAAGUCAUUUGUAUAGCAAAACUUCAGCAUCGAAAUCUUGUGAAACUUCUUGGAUAUUGUGUUCAUCAAAAUGAACUGAUUUUGAUUUAUGAAUACAUGACUAACAAAAGCUUGGACUGGUUUCUCUUUGAUGAAACACGAAGUUUGAUGCUUAACUGGCCUCAACGAUUUAAUAUAAUACAUGGGAUAGCUCGAGGUAUUCUUUAUCUACAUCAAGAUUCCCGUCUCCAAAUUAUCCAUAGAGAUUUGAAGGCAGGUAAUAUUUUGCUGGACGGUGACAUGAAUCCAAAAAUAUCUGACUUCGGCCUUGCUAGAAUGUUUGUAGGACAUGAUACCACUGCCAAGACAAAGAAAGUGGUGGGAACAUAUGGUUACAUUUCUCCGGAGUAUGCAGUGCACGGGCGUUUUUCUAUAAAAUCUGAUGUGUUUAGUUUCGGUGUUCUGGUGUUGGAGAUAAUUUGUGGGAAGAAAAACAAAGAAUUCAAUCAAGGAGACCACAAUGAUAACCUUCUUGGACAUGCAUGGAGACUCUUUAAAAGAGGAAGGUCGAUUGAAUUAAUGAGUGUAUCUUUACAGGCCUCACAUGUCGUCUCUGAAGUACUAAGAUGUAUACAUGUUGCACUGUUGUGUGUGCAGCAUCAUGCAGAAGAUAGACCCACGAUGUUGUCAGUGGUUUUGAUGCUGGUUAGUGAGGGACCAUUGCCGGAACCUAAACAACCCGCUUUUUUCACUGAAGAGAGUUGCCAUAAACUUGAAGCACUUACAUCAGUUUGUGAAGGCACGAUAACACUAUUGUAUCCUCGAUAGCAAGCACGUGUUUAUGUAAAGAUGUUCAAAUACCUGUUAUUUGUUCAUCAUGUUCUCCUUUUGACAGUUUGUGGAUAACUAAUCACCCUUUAGUUAAUAUCUAAUAAUUUUUAGCC